AUGGCGGACGGCCAGCGAAUAAAUCUGCUGACGACAAAGCGAGCGACGAUGAUUGCAGCACUGGGUCGGGCUGAGGCAUUCCUGGUGGGCUACAGUGACCAACGAGACGCUCCGCAGGUACCGUUGAGGCUCGAGUACAUAAACAACAUCUGGGCUACCCUAAAUGAAGUGCAAGCGGAGCUGGAGGCAUACGCAGAUACUGAUGAAGGUAUGGCAGUGCAUGAAAUAGUCCGCGCUGACUUUGAGUCGCGACUUUUUGCAAUAAAAGCAUCUUUAAUCACUAAAUUGCCUCCUCUUCCUGUUAACCCCGCAUACCCUCAACCCCCGCAUGUUUCUACUGCACUCUCUGGUAUAAAACUGCCGACUAUUUCGCUUCCGGAGUUCGAUGGGGAUUAUCAGCAAUGGUUGACUUUUCACGACACUUUCUUGGCAUUGAUACACAACAACGCUGAUGUUCCACCCAUACAAAAAUUUCACUAUUUAAGGGCAGCCGUCAAGGGGGAGGCUGCUCAGUUGAUUGAGUCUAUCGCUAUUAGUUCCGCUAAUUACGAGUUGGCUUGGCGCACAUUAGAGGGCAGGUAUUCAAAUGAUUAUCUUCUGAAGAAGCGACAUUUGCAGGCUUUGUUCGAUAUUCCGCGUGUUCAAAAGGAGUCCGCUGCUGCAUUGCACGGUUUGGUCGACGAGUUUGAGCGACAUACGAAGAUUCUACACCAGCUUGGGGAACCAACGGACGAGUGGAGUACCAUAUUGGAGCAUUUGUUGUGCACGCGAUUGCACAACGAUUCUUUGAGAGCAUGGGAGGAGCAUGCUUCUACUGUAGAAAAUCCAAAUUUUCAAUGUUUAGUUGAUUUUUUGCAGCGGCGUAUUCGGGUUCUUGAAUCGAUAUCCGUCAACGAUCAUGCCCCUGGAAGUCAGACCACUCCGAGCACCAACCAGGCUGCUAAUUUCAACCGAAGGCAAUCCCAAUUUCGGCUCUCGUCAAAUGCGUCCACCGCUAUUGCAUCCUACAAGUGUCCAGCGUGCAACGGCAAUCAUUAUAUCGCAAGGUGCGCAAAAUUCAUGCAGCAAUCCGUCAGCGAGCGUAAGCAGUUGGUGAGCAGAAAGCGGCUGUGCCACAACUGCUUGAAGGGGAACCAUUUGGUCGCUAGUUGUCCGUGUGAGCUCAACUGCAGGAAGUGUAACCAGCGUCAUCACACUCUUCUGCAUUUAGAGCAAUCUGGCAACAUUCAACGUUCCGGUAAGGAUUCUGCCUCUCGCUCAGCCAAUCCCGCUAGCUCGACUACACAAUCUGCCUCGACCUCUCUAGGCAAUUCCAUAGAGCAAACAUCUGUUCCUGCUACGGAGAUAGUACCAGUUGUUGAAACCAGCGCGCCAGUCCAGCAGCUUGCUGAAAACGUUUUUCUUCUAACGGUCGUCGUCAACGUCAUUGAUGCGUAUGGGCAUGCGCAUCCCGCGCGCGCUUUGUUGGACAGCGCGUCUCAGCCAAACUUGAUUUCCAACCGAUUGGCCCGCAUUCUUCGUUUGAAGCGGAAGUCCGUUAACAUCACCGUUCAAGGGGCUGGACAGAUGUCGAAAAUGAUCCAGGAAUCGUUAUUUGCCACUAUAACUUCCCGGAAGCGGAACUUUUCCUGCGGCGUAGAGUUCUUGAUCAUGGACAAGGUAACUGCAGACCUUCCUGCGCAAUUCGUAUCAACAGCUGAGUGGAAUCUACCUACCGAUAUCUUUCUCGCUGAUCCUGCUUUUAACAAAAGUCAGCCGGUAGACAUGGUAAUCGGUGUUAAACAUUUUUACAGUUUCUUCCCGUCUUCAGCUCGCAUGCAGCUGCGUGAAAAUUUACCUCUGCUGGUGGAUAGCGUUUUCGGCUGGGUUGUAGCUGGGUCGGCUGGCUUAGCAUCGUCGACAUCCCAGCAACCUUCGUGCAGCGUAGUGGCCGUGUCGAUGAUAACGCUAGAGGAAAGUGUCGAGCGCUUUUGGAAGACAGAGGAUCUGGCCACCACUGACAACUAUUCAGUCGAGGAGCGGCGAUGCGAAUCUUUCUUUACGUCGACGGUCGCGAGAACCCAUGAAGGACGAUACAUGGUUCGUCUACCUCGCAAGCCAGAUUUCGCCAUCAUGCUAGGAGAGUCUGAGGCAACCGCUCGACGUCGUUUCGAGCUUUUGGAGCGCCGUUUGCAACGAGACCCUGAUCUGAAGGCAGAGUACCACAAGUUUAUGAGGGAAUACCUCGAUCUCGGACACAUGAAGCCGGUCAAACCGAGAAGCAGUGACGACACGGAUUGCUACUACCUUCCCCACCAUCCCGUUUUCAAGGAUUCAAGCACGACGACUAAGGUUCGGGUCGUGUUUGACGGAUCGGCGAAAACCUCUACUGGCUUCUCUUUGAACGAAUCCCUCUGCGUUGGCCCUGUGGUUCAGGAUGAGUUGAUUGACACAAUUCUACGGUUUCGAACCUACCCGAUAGCCCUUGUCGGUGACAUCGCUAAAAUGUAUCGGCAAGUAUUGGUACAUCCCGAUGAUACUUCUUUGCAGCGCAUUCUGUGGCGUUUCUCUGCUGAUGAUCCCAUUCAGAUCUACGAGCUUCUGACGGUCACCUACGGGCUCACUCCUUCCUCGUUCCUCGCCACUCGUACGCUUCAGCAGUUAGCGGAUGACGAAGGAGAGCCGUACCCAUUCGGCAGUAAAGCGUUGCGUAAGAAUUUUUAUGUAGACGACUUCAUCGGUGGUGCGCAGACGGUCGAAGAAGCCAGCAAGCUUCGUACAGAGCUAAGCGAGUUGUUGGCAAAGGGUGGAUUCGAUCUGCGAAAAUGGACGUCGAACCGGCUCGAAGUGCUGAAAGGAUUGCGAGAGGAUCAAAUAGGCACGCAGUCUACGAUAGAAUUCGCUCCCCACGAAACCAUUAAAGCGUUAGGCAUCAAUUGGGAGCCGAACGAGGAUUUUCUGCGUUUUGAUUCCCAGGUACCACCCAGCGAUCACGUUUUAACGAAACGGUCCAUUUUGUCUACGAUUGCUAAGCUUUUCGAUCUGUUGGGUCUUAUUGCUCCCGUUGUAGUGAGGGCAAAAAUUGUUAUGCAGGAACUAUGGCUGCUGUCAUGUGGUUGGGAUGAUCCGGUCCCCGAUAAUCUACAGAAAAGAUGGGAAAAAUACCAACUGGAGCUGCCCAAAAUUUCUGCCUAUCGCAUCGCCCGUUAUGCCCUUCUACCUAAUUCUACAGUGCAGCUACACACCUUCGCUGAUGCCUCCGAAUCUGCUUACGGUGCGUGCACAUACGCCCGCUGCGAAGAUCCACAGGGGAUCGUACGGAUACAGCUUCUUGCCUCUAAGUCCCGAGUCGCUCCGCUGAAGCGGUUAACUAUCGCCCGUCUUGAGCUGUGCGCUGCGGUUCUGGCUGCGCAUCUGCAUCACAGGAUAAAGCGUGCGAUUGACAUCGGUAUUUGUUCGUCAUAUUUUUGGUCCGAUUCAUCCGUCACUCUCGAAUGGCUUCGAUCACCACCGAAUCGCUGGCAAACGUUUGUUGGAAAUCGCGUUUCAGAGGUUCAGCAUUUCACUCAUGGCUAUCGCUGGAACCAUAUAGCAGGCACCGAAAACCCGGCCGAUCUGGUCUCGCGCGGAAUGUCCGUAGAAGAGUUCCUGAACAGUGCGCUGUGGAGUCAGGGUCCCAGCUGGCUAACAUUACCGUGUAAAAGCUGGCCUAUCUCGAACCCAGAUAAUGUUUCCGAGGAUAUUCUCGAAAUCCGACAGGUCGUCGCAGCAGUUAAUUCGACCUCAACGGUCAACCCGCUCUUUCUUCGAUGCUCGUCGUAUACUCGCUUGCUGCAUGUUGUUGGAUAUUGCCUUCGCUUCAUUUUGAAUAACCGUGCCAAGACUAGAACACAGCCUCUCCCAAGCCCGAAUCCAGUGCAGCGCUACCUUUCAGUGGAACAGCUUGCCCAAACCAGAAACAUGUUGAUUCAGCUAGCCCAAAGCGACGGCUUCCCCGCUGAGCUGAAGGACUUAAGAGAAGGAAGGUCAGUAGAUAAGCGCUCCAAAAUACGCCGGCUUAAUCCAUUCCUAGACCCAGAGGGGGUAUUGAGGGUUGGAGGGCGACUCAACUUAUCUCAACUGCCCUAUCAAGCGAAACAUCCUGCCUUACUUCCCAGCUUUCAUCCUUUCUCCCUGCUAAUUGCCCAACAUUAUCAUCACCAAAUGUUUCACGCCGGAGGACGGCUUCUACUAAGUGCCAUUCGCGAAGAAUUUUGGCCGCUGCAAGGCCGCAAGCUCGCUCACAACACAGUUCGUCGAUGCUUCCGCUGCACUCGCCUCGAUCCGGUACCUGCGCAACAACGAAUCGGCCAAUUACCUGCGCACAGAUUAAUCCCGAGCCGUCCAUUUAGUGUUACGGGUGUCGAUUAUGCUGGACCGUUCUACUUGAAGCCGAUACACAAACGGGCUGCACCUGCAAAAGCGUAUCUGUGCCUCUUCAUUUGCUUCGCAACAAAAGCGGUUCACUUAGAGCUAGUCAGUGAUUUAUCAACGCCAGGUUUCCUGCUAGCAUUAAGGCGAUUUAUUGCUCGACGCGGUCGCCCUGCCCACAUUCACUCAGACAACGGCAAAAAUUUUGAAGGAGCCAAGAACGACUUGAACGAGCUUUUUGCCAUGCUGCGAAAAAGUGAGGAGAAUGAAAAAAUAGCUUCAACGUGCGCUGCAGAAGGUAUCACAUGGCAUCUAACACCACCAAAAGCACCGCACUUCGGCGGUCUCUGGGAGGCGGCCGUGAAAGUGGCCAAGAAGCAUUUGUACCGUCAACUCGGUUCAUCUCGUGUGUCAUUUGAAGAUUUGUCCACUAUUCUGGCCCAAAUUGAAGCGCUGAUGAAUUCUCGACCCCUGCUUCCAAUGUCAGACGACCCGAACGAUUUGGCUGCGCUCACGCCCGCUCAUUUCCUGAUCGGUUCCAGUAUGCUGGCCCUGCCCGACCCAGAUCAUCAACAUAUUCCCGUGAAUCGGCUGGACCACUUUCAAAAAUUGCAGUUGCACGUCCAGAAAUUUUGGAGUCACUGGCGCACCGAAUAUCUGCAAGAACUGCAAAGGGACACAACGAUGAAUCCCCGGAAUCACACGUUGCUGCCUGGCAGAUUAGUUGUAGUCGUCGAUGAGCUUCAGCCACCCAUUCGUUGGCCAUUGGCACGCAUCGUCACCACUUCCCCCGGCCCAGACGGUUUGACGAGGGUUGUUUCGCUUCGCACCGCUCGUGGAAUCAUCACACGCCCCAUCACAAAAAUCUGUUUGCUUCCGGAUCACACUGCUGCUGUUGCUGAAGGAGAUGAAGCUGAGUAA